CACCCAAGCCCGACUGCUAUGAAAAGUGAGUUAAUCGCAAAGUGAAGUGAAGUGAAAAAAUAAUGCCGCCUAAAACCAGUGGAAAGGCAGCCAAGAAGGCUGGCAAGGCCCAGAAGAACAUCACUAAGAACGACAAGAAGAAGAAGCGGAAGAGGAAGGAGAGCUAUGCUACCUACAUCUACAAGGUCCUGAAGCAGGUCCAUCCCGACACUGGCAUUUCCUCGAAGGCGAUGAGCAUCAUGAACAGCUUUGUGAAUGACAUCUUCGAGCGCAUUGCUGCCGAGGCUUCUCGUCUGGCGCACUACAACAAGCGCUCGACCAUCACCAGUCGGGAAAUCCAAACUGCUGUUCGUCUGCUCCUGCCCGGAGAGUUGGCAAAGCACGCCGUCAGUGAGGGAACCAAGGCUGUCACCAAGUACACCAGCUCCAAGUAAAUUUCCCCGCGGAUGCGGAGAAGCAUUAAAAAGGCCCUUUUCAG